CAGAGAGAUAGGUUUACACAAGCUUGUGUGUGUGUAACGUGUGACGUAGCAAAGACCUUGAAAAUGUGUAUCUCCUCUCUCUGCGCACCGACAUAAACAAGGCAAGCAAGACAAGUAUGGCUCAGCUGUUUUAGGUCUUAACAGACGGAUUCUUCGAAGGGAUUUGAUCCCUUUGCCUGCUGGCUAUCACCACAGUGGAAUUAAUUGGAACAGCAAUCAAUAUUUGUCUUUCUGUGUAACAGUUUUCUCCAAAGUUUGCCGAACUUAACCGUGGCAUUUUUUUUUACUCUUUACUCGCAACCUCUGGUUAGCAGUGCAUGGUGAUCUUGCUCUGACAGAGGCAGAAACUAACGUGUGCGUGUGAUUGUGGAAUUUUAUUUUUUCCCCUUUUUCUCUAGCUUUGGGAAUUUACUUUUAAACUAUAGACAUGUGACAAAAGCAAGUGUCUACAUGAGCGUCGCAGGCGUGACCAGGAGAACGCCUAUUUUGAGGAGUUGGCAGAGCUGAUCUCGGCGAGCGUGACGGACAUGAGCGCCCUCUCUGUGAAGCCCGAGAAGAGUGCUAUAUUACAGGAAAGCUUAAACAAAAUCAAACAACUCAAGCAAGAAAAAGCUUCAUCAGACGCAGUUCAGCAAAGCCAGGUGUCCUCAAGCAAGCCCUCAGUUCUCCCAACUGAAGUCCUAGGUCCUCUGCUCCUCGAGGCUUUGGAUGGUUUCCUUUUUGUUGUGAACAGUCAAGGAAAGAUUGAGUUUGUGUCUGAUAAUAUCACCGAGUACUUACAGUAUACUCAGGAUGAUCUGAUCGGGAAAAGCGUGUAUAACAUCAUACACAUCGGUGACCAUGACCAGUUUAACUACAGUUUGCUGCCCAUGUCACUGGGGAGUGUGAUAUCAUGGCCCAAUGAAUCUUCACUAGCAAAAGGAAGAACAUUUAAUUGUCGCAUGCUCAUUAAACCCCCAUAUGAUGAGAAUGAUGAUGUAGAAACUAAACAGACGUAUGUGUCACAGUAUGAAAACCUUCAGAUAUCUGCCAUUUCACAACCCGGGGAAAAGUUUUCUGAGGGCUCAGAAAACUCAGAAGGGUUGUCGUGCCUAGUGUGUAUUGCACGGCGACUCUCCUUCAACGAAAAGACCAAUACCAUGCUGGGAAUUGAACAGUUUACAACAAAACAAGAUAUUAAUGGAAAAAUAAUCUCUCACGAUACCAGUGGAAUUGUACCCGGUCAUUAUUCCUGUCCUGAUUUUACUGGUCAGAACGUUCAAGAUUUCUGUCACGUUAACGACGUUCAGACUUUGUCAAAGCAUUUCCAAGAAGUUUUGAAGUCAAAGAGUAAUACCAGCAGUGUGUACAGAUUUAAAUUACAAGACAAUCGUUACGUCUUUGUGCAAACGCGGAGUCAGCUUUAUGAUAACGGAAACCAUGGAGACACAAGCUUUAUUAUGUCCACUCAUUCGAUUAUACGAGAAUGUGACUCUGACAUGGAGCUCAAAGGCUCAGCGUCCACUAGUUUAAUGAAAUCCAUUAUCGGUCAGUCAAACACUUUAGUGUCCAACAACCAAAGAGAGCAGAACUCGACUCGUGGAUUACCAAACAAUAUUUCUCCAAUGGCGGUGUUAAGUGCUAUUAAUCAACCUUUUCAGAACACGAUUAACCAGACUAUCGAGGACGUUCAGUUCGAUGCCUCGUCCAAUAGCUGGGACUUCUUAAGUGAUUCAUCGUUCCCCGGAAAUACGGGGCUUGGAGGGUCUAACCCUGUUUCCCAUAACAAAAACAAUAAUUUCACGACGGGAAAUUCUGCCAACAUGAAUAGUUGGCAUAACAUGCAGCCCCAAGUGAAAAUGGGAAACUUGCAACAACAACAGCAGCAUCUUGUGCGGAAUGUUUUAAACAUGCAACCACAGCCUAACUCUGAUAAGCAGAGGCAACUCUCACUCAAUUUUCCCCGUUGUAACUCUUUGGAAGGGGGAGGUCAGAAAAGUCCUGGAUUUGCAUCCAGUCCUAGCCCCAGAAGUAACCAGUUUCCCCCAUCAAAUCAACGUGGCAUGCAUGGUGCAGUGGGCUUCAACAGUCAGAGAAGCCCAAGUAACAAUAUGGGACAGAAUCCUCGUAUGUCUCCUGCAUCAGGGAGUAUGACCUACCCCAUGCAAAGAACUCCACCUAUAUCAGCGAGUCAGAAUUCAUGGGGGCGUAUGCAGCAUAGCGGGGGGCAAUUUUCCGCUCCUCAGACCCCGACCAGUAGCAUGAUGUCCCCACCUGCAGAAGGUCACCUUCAAGCCUUGCAGAACAUUGGAGGAGGAAUCAGUCCCUCCAUGCGACGGACAGGGGAGUUUACUUUUCCAUCCCCAUCUCGACCUGGAAAGCUAAGUCAGUUGUUGUCAGGCACCAAUCCUGGUCCUGAUUUAUUUAAAAACAGCUCUAUGGAGUCUGUCCAAUCGUCGAGUAAAGAACGGACGAGCACGGACAGCGUGGUGACCAAAUCCCCCGCGGACAGCAUGCACCAGUCUCCGCAGCCCGGGCCCGGUCAGAGCCCGCCAGAAAAACCACAGAGCACCACAAACUCGGACGAUUCUGAUAAAGAGGCGCAGAAAAACGUGAUCCUGAAGCAGCUCCUGAGUACGGACGACGACGAAGAGGAAUGUAACGAGGCGGCGCCCACGGAGGACACCAAGUCGACAGAUAACAAGGCAGAGAUGGAGAAAAAUGAGGCCGAGCCAAAGAAACCCUCUAAUGCCCUGCUGAAGAAGUUACUCAGUGAUGAUGGUGAGAAGAAAUCGGACGGGAAAGGCAGAGAUCGCUCACGGCAGCCCUCUGGGGACCUGUUACAGAUUCUCCUCAAUGAGGAAGAAAAUGGAUCCUCCCCUGUCAUAGCCACUGCUGAGAGUACUAGUCAUGAAAAUGAUCUUUUCUCGCGUCAGCGGCAUCAAUCGGGGCCUCAAGAACCUCAGUCAACAACGCCAUCUACCUCGGUACCUCAAUCCGUACUGCCUCCGUACUCCCAGGACCAUCGCACUGCGUCAACGACGACUGCAGUCAGCUCGGCUAACGAUGUUGGCAAAAAGCCAGACCCGCUGAGUUCCAUUCUGGAAUGUCUCUGGGACAAAGCGGACACUGAUCCACUCCAGAGACCCAAUAAUAGGAAGCGAAAAGCAUCGGGAGCAGACGGUAGUGUGGACAGUACAGACAUGGAGCUGGGCAUGCCCAGCCAACAAGUGAAGAUGGUCAAUAACUCUAGAAAUAAGAAUGUAUUGCUGGCUCAGUUGUUGUCAAAACGGACUCCUAGUGAGGCUGUGGUGAAUACUGGAAGAUUAUUGGUGAAUAGUGACCCAUGUGAUACCCCACAGAAUCGCAUUAAUAUUCAUGAUAAACAACUGAGUCUGAGACCCAUUGAUUCAAAACGAUUGUCAACUGAGAAGGAAAAAGAAAGUCUUAAAGAGGGAUUGCAAGGGUUUCAGAAUUCAAAUCAAUAUGGAAAUAUGGAUACUUCUGUGAAGGCUAGUAUAGGAAACUUAAAUAUUCCAGCUAGUAUUCACACAUCUGUAAACACAAGUGUAUUCAAUGGAAAAAGUGUUUCAAACUCUGUUUCUUCAAUGUCGAGUGAUUAUGAUGAACUUCAAAAACUCUUGGGAGGAAUGGGGUCCAACAGUGGGAAUAAUGAUUCUAUGUCAAAUUCCAUUUCUGGGAUGGAUAUGGAAGCGUCAGGAACACCAGAUCCAUUGCUAGCUGAAAUUUUGAAGCAAGCGGCAGAUUUGGAGCAAGAACACAUAAAUGUACUUCAUGGAAGCAACAGUAUGCCAAAUCUUGGCCAAGACAUGAGCUGCAUCUCCCAGAGUGGGAACGACAUGCAUCCUGUGCCAUCAUCAGAAGACCUGCAGCUGCUGUCACAGCUGGAACAGGUGAUACAAGAUCCGAAUUUCAACAUCGGGUCCAUAUCUGGACUUGAUCCGGAUCCACAACAGUCAGACGACCGGGCAGCCAUCCGCAGAAUUCAAAACCAGCUGAUGAGUGAGGUUCCCUACCAGGGAGGGUCGUCGAUGGGACAGAUGAACAAUAUGGCACAAAACCACAACCCUCAGGCUCCCAUGCCACAACAGAACAAUUUUGGCAUGGUCAACAACCAGCAACACCCAAUGUCCAGUCCUAUGGGGGGUGCUAGCAUGGACAUUCAGUUCCAGCAUAUGGCCAACCAGCAGUCCCCUCUCCCCACCCAGGCGGGACCACGCUUCCCCCAGGGGGGCCAAAAAUUCCUUCCACAAGGCCCUCGACACACCAAUCCUCAAGGGGGAUCCCUUACCAGUGCCUUACAAGUGGGAGGUCCACAACCACAGAGACCCAUGGGAUUUCCCUCGAUGGCUAGUCAAGUUCGGCAGUCUCUCCUACAGCAACAGAAGCUGAAGUAUCUGAAGGAGCAACGCCAGGCUGCUCAGCACCAGGAGAGGCAACGGCAGUUAAUGCAACGACAACUCAGUCAACAGUUCAACCAGAGAUUACCACCAAACAUGGAGAACACAUCCUUGCAGCCUUAUACAGAAAGCUUGAAUGACCUUCUGAACAAUGGAACAGCACCCAAUGUAACUCUACAGAGGAACCAGAUCCCGGGUCCUAUGUCCCCCAGGUUUAGUGGAAUGCAGCACCAGCAACAACACCCAAACCUCAGUCAGCUGAUUAGACCUGGCCCCUCCACCACCAACUCCCAGAUGUCACCCCACUUCAAUCAGCAACCCCAGAACCAGUGGAACAUGAGGCAGCAACAGCCGCAGCAACCUGCCAUGCAGAGCCCCAUCAGUAGCAACAUACCUAAGUCAAACCCUCUGUUGAUGAAUCGUCACCGCUCAUUCUCUGGAGGGACGAUGACCAGUAAUAACCAGGGCGGUCACUUUCAGUUCCCUGACCAGAUGGCUAAUUCGGGACAGAUGGGCCUCCUACAGCAGCAGCAGCAGCAGACCAUGAUGGCUCACAACAGGGUGAUGAGGCAGAUGAGCCUCCCUCCAGGUCAUGCUUCUUCACCAAGGGCACCUGCUAGUCCAUUUGGGAAUAGCCCAGAUCCUCUCUUAAUGUCCCCCCACUCUAUAUCCCCUCGCCAGAACCCCCAAACCAGUCAGGUCAGCCCGCCAUUUAAUCAUGCCUCUUCAAUGGCCAGUUCAGUCAUGCCACAGACGUCGAUGGCAAACAGUCAUCCAGGCAUGAUGGGUCAGCAGAACUCGGUGUUUUCAGACUAUGACAUGUUAGACAGUAAGCCCAUGCCGAUGCAGCAGAAAUCGACCUCACAGUACGUAAAGGAGGAGCUUAGAAAUAUCUGUAACGCCCGAUCAGAGAAGCAGCUUCAGCAGCAGCAACAACAGCAGCAGCAGCAGCAACAGGGGAUGUCACACGCCCUACCCCCACACCAACCCCCCUCCUCCCAGGCGGCUCCCGCCACCCCCCAGUCACAGAUCUCCUCAGACUACAGUGAGCUCCCCAACUACAUCAUAGAGCAGAUUAGCGAAAUGCAGCAAGAGCAGCAGGCAAAAUCAGAUUAUAAUUUCGACAAUUACAAAGAGGAUGACGUGUUAGCAGUAAAACGACAGGAAGCCAAAGAAAUUUACGAGCAGUUCCGACAGCUCUCCGAGAAAACCGAAUUAGUAAUACCAGAGAAUCCCGAGAUAAAGGCUACAGCAGUGUUCCGUACACAGCUGAUGAAUCCCCAAAAUGUUGACGGUCAGCAUCUAGCCAUCCCCGACGAUCUGGGACGUCUUAAAGCUGACCAGGUGCAGGUGGUCGCAAAGGAACCAAGGGGAAAUAUAGAAGAUAUUAAACCUGCAGACCACAGCAAGAACAGUCUGCUUCAGCAACUCUUGUCUGAAUGACAUAGGGCCCCCAGUAUAGGAAAACCGUCACCAAAUGUGUAUAAUGAAAUUCAGGGAUAACAAACCUUGGGUGCCUUCAAGGCAUGAUAAAAAAUGGCCAGUGUUAAUUGCCCAGAUCUCUAACGAAGGUCGUCAUGGUAACAAGGCUGUGAUGAGAAAAAAAAACUAUGAUCUCAAUUUUAUUUGUUGGACCGUUAGACCAGGAAUGGCAGAUUAUUUUCUUUUUUCAUUUUUUCUGAUGUGACUUAUGAAGAGCGUGAUUUUUGUUUAAUUCUGGAGAAAAACUUGAAGCACAAAGUGCCUGCCAUAUUAAAUACAUCCAGGGAACUAACUCACGUGACUUCUGUUAAGGACCUGUAGUGAGCAUGCUCCAAGUUGGGAGUUUUACAAUGGACCGUCAUACGGCAGUGUUUUUAUAGAUAUAAUCUAGAUACGGUUGUUUAAGGAGAAAACGGACUUCUGAACAUUGAUUUUUGGCCUCUAUAUUUUUGUAGACACAUUUAAUGACUUCUACCACAAGGCUCCUCUUUCCUCAGAGAAACUAUGGGCCUCUCAGAGGAAUUGGAUCUAUUUUUAUCCACUAGUGUGGAGUGGAUCUAUUUUUAUCCACUUGUGAGGAGUGGACCUAUUUUUAUCCACUUGUGAGGAGUGGAUCUAUUUUUAUCCACUACCGUGGUGUGGGUUUUAUUUGACGGGUAACAUAUAAAAAAAUUAUAGUCCCAUAUUGUUGUACAUGGGACUCAUGGACUUUUUUGUUAAAGAGACACAGAUUUUAAUGUUGUUUUAUUCACCGUUAUAAACUUUGUGUAUCCUUGAAUAUUGUGUAUGCAUAAUGUUUAAGAUAUCUAUAGUUACAUUAUAUUGUUUUGACUUGUGACAGUGAUAGCCAACACAAACUUUAUCAUAAGAUAUAGUAAUCUAUAUAUAUAUUUGUUGAGAUGAAAUGGAUUUGUACAUGUUGUGAAUGCUGCAUAAUGUAAUUUGUUGAUUAUUGUAAGUACAUUGUGUAUAUAGAUUCUGUGUACAGGAAUUCAGAUGGACUUUGUGAUGGUAAAAAGAUGUUGUUUAUUGGUUUAAGUAUGUCAGAGGAAAUGCUGGAAGGAAAGGCAAGAGUUAUGACCCUUCAUUCACUUUAUUUGGAUGAGGGCCACUAUUCUUGACCUUGAACUUUGUAAUUCUGGUGGUGUAAAUGCAUAACAAUUCAUUUUUUGUAAAUAUACACAUUUUCAGCUGUAUCAAAUUUCAUCGCCUGAUGUUUUUUCAUUAGACGCAUUGCCAUGGUAAUUCAUUCUUACUUUGAUGUUGUUAGAUCAUUUCCUGUGUAGAGACUAGUGUCAGGCGUGUACAUUAUUUUUAUUAUGAGGCAUAUUUUAGAAGGGUGACAUUUUGGUUGUAUGAAAAAGUAAGCGCAUCAAUUUAUCUCCAUGAUUUUACAUGGGGGAGACUCGACAUAGUUGAGUCACCACUGAAUAUAGACACCAGUGAUUUUUAAACAGAAGGCCUUGUUUCGUUAUUUCAUAGCUUUGUGUUCUGUCCCCAAAAAAGUCAAAUUUCAAUCUGAACCAAACAGUUGGUUUCCCUAACCUUAUGUGCAAUGUGGUCACUGUCCAAUUAUUUUUAAUGUUGUGGGCUAAAAUUUUAAUAAUGUGACUUGGGAAAAAAGCUUGGUCCAUGGAAUGAUAAUUUGUGAACCAAAAUUUGGAAAGCAUGAAGCACAAUUUGUUUUGAGGUAAUUUUUAUAAGAGUUGCAUGAAUUUUGAAAUCAAAAUGUUUGCAGUAGAAAUUUAGAGAGCCAGAUAAUUUUUUUUUUUGAAACGGGUUGAUAUGAUUUGCUCAAUAUUUUUUUUUCAAAGUCCAUAGCUAUGAAAACAUAGGGUGACAUUUUUUUAAAAUCAUUUUAUGAAGAUUUCAUAGUUGGCAUUUUCUCAUAUCACGACUUUUACCUGGUAAAUAUAGGAAGAUGCAUACCUAUCAAUAAUGGCCUUUUUCUCAUCAUCUCUGAUUAUGCACACGGAAAAUAUAAAAAAUGAGGUGCCCCUUUAUGCAGCAGGGUUCGCCCUUGACUCUUUCAAGUUUCCCGCUCUGGUGAUGUGAAUCAAUCAAAUCUAUACUCCAUUUAUAUGGGAUAAGUCAAAACUGAGAAGACAAUUCUAGUGACAUGGUGAUGCUUCAGGCAGUUCCCGGUGAUAGACACUUCUUGAUUAUUCCAGUUUGUUUCUGCGAAAAAUAGGCUGCACUAUCAUCUCAUUGCUUCUAAUUAUUGACAUGUUGACAGAAACAAAACACUAGGAUCACCUUUAUCUUUCAAAUACUUGAUAGACUCUCUCUUUAAUUUGAAAAAAAAGAAAUAAAAGAAUUUAAUUUUCCACUUCAGAGUUAGUACUUUUCCCUCCAAUUUAAAGGGAGAACCUCAAAUUUUAAGCAUUUACAAAAUGUAUAUUCAAUUGUUAAUGUCACCCACAAUUGUUUAUUUGUUGCUAAAGGGUAAAUUCCUCCAAUGAAAUAGUUAAGAUUGUAUCAAAUGUUACAAUUAAUUGUUAUAGAAUUGAUUUGAUACUGGAAAGUAAGGGAGUUACAAGACAUAAUUUUGUAAAACAGUAUUUUCUAAAGUUUGCCAAUGCAUUGCCACAGUUUUAUCAGAUUUGUCCAGCUCUUCAACACACAUACUUCUUGAAAGAAUGGCAAAUCUACCAGAAAAUGUCAUUUUGAAGUUUUCUCUGAGAGAAGGAUUUCCAUUUGCUGGUUUGCUAAAGCAGCAUCUCCAUUCCAGGAAAAUUUUUUUAUGAUGAGAUUUCACCAAAAUUAUUAGAUUCAUAUAUUUGAUAUGAAAAUAUUUUUGUAUCGAUAAAAAAAAAUUUUGAAUUCUUUUCAUUUUUAAUCUACCGGUAUGUGAUAUUAUUGACAUUUACAGAUCUAGUACAGGGAAAUUUCAAGAAUUUUUAAAAAUUCAAAAAAUUUUGAAAAAUAAUUUUUUUAAAAUAAAAUGUCACAUUCAGCUCUUGAAAUUUCUCUGUUACUGGUGGUCAUGACCGCUGUGAAAACGCAUUCAACUCGGUUUAAAAAUUUUUAAUGAAAGCAAAGGAAAAAAGUGCUAUUUGUAUUAUUUUUUAAAUAUUCUACUCUAUACAUUGUGACACUAUAUACAUGUAUAUGUUUCACCUCGAGCCCAGUCUUUUUUACCUCAACCCAGUUGGAAGGCAUGCCUUAAUGAGUUAAUUGUUAAUUGGUUUUUAUGUGAUUUUUGUGGGUCCUUCCAACUGUUGGAUUCUCUCAUUUUAGUUGUUUCUGUGUUAUAUGUCUGUUAAUCAUGAUAUAGUGUAACCCAUCUUAGAUGAAUGGAAAAAUCAGGAAUAUGACAUUAAAAUCAACAUCAAAUAUUUAAAAA